GUGCACACAUCAAGAGCGCUUGCUGUGGGAUAGCGUCCAGACCACUUGGGCUCGUGACGACUACUGACUCGACACAAGAGAGACUUCUUAUAAAGUUGAUUCACUUACGUGAUAAAAGGAAGUGCUUUGUUCCGUUAUCAUGGCCACUAACAAGAUCGCAAUGAAGUUCAGGAGCAUUACUUAUCCCAGCCACGAAACAUCCGGCCAGAAAAAACAGCGGAGAAAACUGCAGAGAAUGGAGAGUUUCGACUUCAGUCAGCAUGAUUCCCCGACGGUGUCAACCAAGUCGAUUGUCAGCAGGAGGGAAGUCUCGGCGGAGGGUCGGCAGCGAACACAACAUUUCCAUGACACGCAUGCACAGUCCACCCCCUGUACUCUGGCUCCGGGACAGAAAUUACUGAGGUUUUCGGACGAGUGUUGGUACAGCCCAGCAGGGGAGCAGGCAGGCCGCCCCCACGCAAGCGUUGGCUGUCUCACUUCACCCAAGUCCAAGCCCGGAGCCGCCGUCAGGAUAGGUGUGAAUAGCGUUGAAAGAUUGGUAGACUGGCAGCGACAGUCAUCAGACAAACACACCAUAAGCUCAAGUAACAGUCAGGAACAUAGUCAUCGACACAGUCGCUCAAAAGAACGUCGAAGCGACCGUGAUUCUACAAGCAGCGAGAAACGUGGCCACUACUGCGCCUCCGUCAGUCUUCCACCACCAUCCAAGUCCUCCGAACAAAACCCCACUGCCAACACAACAACAACGACACCACCAGUUACCUCAGAAACUCGAGGGCGUCGCUCACAGUUCCGACGGGCGUGGUCGCUCUUCUCUCUCACGUGCGACAAAGAAGUCGAGCGAGACCGCAGGGAGAAGUCGCCGCAGCAGCGAAUUCUGAGGCCACCCACACGCCACUUCUACCGCAGGGGACUAUCAGGACUCCCUAUCGAGUGCUCGACGAGAUACCUGGGACUCGCCUACUGAUUUUCAGCCGAGGCGGACCCGUCGGCCCGCCCUGGACCAUGGACACGUUGAACUUCCAGCGAGAGUGAAGCUGGUCUUCGCAAACAUCGCAUAUUUCUCGGCAUUGAGUGCUUGUGGAAAACUACAUCGAACAUUUAUUAAGUGCUGCCCCACCGGCCUCUUGUAACUGCUCACCGCGAAGUGGUGUGUUUAAGACACACUAAGUGGUUUGUGGUAUUUUUGUCGCUGAGGGUUGGUAUCCGUACCGCCUGAACUCCCGGAAGGGACAGUGAAAGUUUUGUCCAGUGAAAUCGAUCAAGUCGAUUAAAGUGUUUUCACUCGCUGGAUCAUUUGGAUGUGUCAGAUGUUUUAAUGACACAUAAUGAGCUCACCAAAGAUAAUCUGUGACCCAUGGGUAGAUAAUUCUCUCUUGUUAAACACAAAGUACAGUUUAUCUUUCACCCGAAAUUCUAUAAAAGUUAUAUUUUUCUCACGUGGUAAUAAUAAUAAUAAUUUGAGCUGAACUAUACGUUUGAUAGCCAGCAGUAUAUCAGUGUCUAGCUGGAUAGAUUUUUUGUCCAGAUCAAAUCUUGCUGCGACUCUUCUAAAAGCUAAUAAACCAGGAGUGUUGCACGCAUAAAAUGUGAUGUUCCUUGCCUUCCCUCGGUGUCUUCUAGCAGACUGACUUGUAGAAAUACUUGAUAAGUGGCCUUCUGCGUUAAACAUUUUUCAACAAUACAUUUGGAUCAGGAGGUGGUGUGACGAUGUCCUCCUUGUUGUACCUUGAUGGUAUCCUCUGAUACAAUAUUCUGUAAAUAUGAGUCAUAUAUGUACAGUAUACGUGCAUAUGUUUAACUAUGUAUGUGUUUCUAAAGUUUUGUACAUAAAUAUUUAUUAUCGUUGAAUAAACUUGGCACUCUGAAA